AUGGACCAUUGUAUCUCCCCGCUCUCAACCCUAAAGCCCCGCAUAACGCCCCGUUUUGCUCCCAGGCCCGCCCUCCAGUCGGUGACCAGGCGGUUCAGGCCGUUGACCGUCGUCGUCGGAGCCGGGGCGAGUCACUGCGAGUUCAGCAGCCUCAACUCGCCACUCGACCCGAGGACCCGACCCGGAAAGGACCUCAGCACCGUUCUGCAGAACCACCCCCAGCUGUUUCACCUUGCGGUGGCUCAGGAGCUCAAGAAGUUGGCUGAUGAUCGAGAACUCGCCCUCUCUCGUAUGUCUCUGAGCGCUGCCUCUCACGAGGCCUGCCUUCAUAGGAGGAUUGCGCAACUGAAGGAGCAGGAGUGCCAGAUUGUUGUUGAAGAUGUAAUGUACCUGUUAAUCUUUUACAAGUUUUCUGAGAUCAAAGUUCAUUUGGUUCCUAAGCUCUCUAGAUGCAUCUACAAUGGGAGACUAGAGAUAUGGCCUUCAAAGGACUGGGAGCUAGAGUCCCUUUACAGCUUUGAGAUUUUGGAGAUGAUAAGGGAACAUGUCAGUACAGUCAUUGGCUUGAGAGUAAAUUCUAGUGUCACAGACAAUUGGGCAAUGACAAAGAUCACACGUCAAAUGCUUGGUCGAGUAUACGUGGCCUCCAUCUUAUACGGCUACUUUUUGAAAUCUGCCUCCUUAAGACAUCGUCUGGAUCGGAUUCUAGCUCUGGAAAGCCAAGACCUUCAUCUGAGUCAUAGAACCUCCCUUCACUAUCAGGAGAUGUGUCCUAAUGGAAUGAAAAAUCUCCUCUUUGGUCGCAUAGGCAACAUUCAAGCGAAUUAUAAAGGGUCAAGUAGGUCGGAAAAGACACAAGGAAAGUUGAGUUGUUAUGUGAUGGGGUUUGAUCCUGACACACUUCAGAGAUGCGCAAAACUGAGAUCUGAGGUGGCUGUGAAUUUAGUUAAAAAUCACUGUUGUGCUCUUUUUGGGGAUGAUGGGACCAUGAAUUCACCCGAGACCGAUGAAGUUAUCUCAACUUCAUAUUCAAGUGUGAAGAGGCUAGUUUUGGAGGCUGUUGCGUUUGGUUCUUUCCUUUGGGACACCGAAGAAUGCAUCGAGACAGUGUAUAAGCUUAAGGAGAACUAA